GAAGCAAGACUGUAUGUACAGUAUUAUUAUAUAUCUACCAUUUACAUGUCAUGAGAAUAUACAAGUAUAUAAUUGUCUCGAUAAAGGAGGUAUAGUGUAAUGUCACAAUAAUAGUAACCCUAAGACAAAGAAAAAAAUCUUCAGCUAUAUAUACAAUAGACUGUGUAUCAACACAAUUACACAACCUUACCACAAAAUGUGGACUUUGGGAUACCGCACCACAAAUGUAAACUUGGGGAUACACACAACAAAAUGUGGACUUGGGAAUCCCGCACCACAAAAUGGGGACUUGGUUAUACCGCACCACAAAAUGUGGACUUGGGAAUCCCGCACCACAAAAUGGGGACUUGGUAAUACCGCACCACAAAAUGUGGACUUGGGAAUACCGCACCACAAAAUGUGGACUUGGGAAUACCGCACCACAAAAUGUGGACUUGGGAAUACCGCACCACAAAAUGUGGACUUGGGGAUACCACACCAAAAUGUGGACUUGGGGAUACCGCACCAUUAAAUGUGGACUUGGGGAUUCAGCUUGUUUCUGGACAAUUAAAUCAAAAUCAUACCUGUGUCCAAAUACAGCUAACCAACUUUUCAGCUCACCUAC